UGUGAGUAAUAUAUUCUGUUUCUGUUUCGCGACUACACAACACAAAAUGCCUUGCACGGUAUUCGAUAUAAGUGGCGGAUCGUCUCGCUUCCGGCCUGUCGUCCGCAUUGGCAAUUGGUUCGAGGAAAACUGCCUCGAGGAGGACAAAGUUCGCAACUUUAAGAGCAAGCGGGAUCGGGGCGAACUUCUGGUGGAGAAGGCGCGCACUCUUUACGACAACUUCCACAAGGAGAUCGUCCUCGCAGCGCCUAAGCAGAACGUUAUCUUCGGAGCCGUCGUCCAACUGAUGCCGAUUUCCAUGAACAUCGAGAAUAUGAGCACCGCUGAUCUGAACCUCGCCCUCUCGGUGGUGAUCAACGAGCGGGUGGUGCGCCACAGCCAAAGCAUCAACGAGGACUGCGAGCUGACGGUGGCUCCCUCCGCGCGGUCCUGUGUGCGCAACUCGUUCCGGAUCGUCAGUGGUGACGAGCACGACCGCACUGGGCAGGACAUCAAGUACGGGCAGCGCUUCCGCCUUGAGUGCAUGGACUCGGAGAAUGAUCCCAUCAUGCUCUACAGUGCGCCCAAGAAAGUCAACCUGAACCAGUCCAUCGAUGUCACAUAUCAUUCCCAUAAGAACGGCGAGCUGAACUUUCCUCUGGGCCUUGUUCAUCGCAGUAGGUGUGGCUGUCCGGGUGGUGACCUGCCGAUGGCCUUUACCAACUGGUUCUGCAUUCACGUCGAUCGCAACCGGCGCUUCGAGAGCGAGGGCGAAGAUAUCCCCAGCAAUGCCCCACUGGUCAUUGUCCAUGCGGCGACCAACCGCAAUCUCGCCGCCGAAAAUGUGGUCAUCCAGACUCUGUUCGGUCCAGAGUUCCUCGUGUCCGUGCAAAACUAUCGUAACAUCUACAAGCGCGAGCUCUGGAAGAACGUGUGGAUGAUCAGCAACGGCCAUCAGGCAGGCCCCAUCAGCAAGAAGGCCUAAUCUAAAAAUUCCCCGUCCCAACAAACACCCGUUUUCGCCUAGUUUGCUUUAAAUAAAGGUCACUGCAAUUAGGUGUAACGUGAA